GACACGGAUGAGGGCAGAGGCGAUGGAUCAAGUGCGAUAGUUGGGCUACAUGCGUCUGUUGAAGACGGCUGCUAACGUGUGCGAUUUUAUUCUUCCUGCAUCCAGUCAGUAAAAAUGGGUCGCCGUCCCGCUCGUUGCUACCGUUACCAGAAGAACAAGCCCUACCCCAAGUCUCGCUACUGCCGUGGUGUCCCCGACGGCAAGCUCAGAAUCUACGAUCUGGGUCGCAAGAAGGCUGGUGUCGAUGAGUUCCCCCUGACCAUCCACCUGCUCUCCAACGAGCUCCAGCAGAUCUCCUCUGAGGCUCUCGAGGCUGCCCGUAUCUGUGCCAACAAGUACAUCACCAAGAACUCUGGCAAGGACUCCUUCCACAUGCGCAUGCGUGUCCACCCCUUCCACGUUCUCCGUAUCAACAAGAUGCUUUCUUGUGCCGGUGCUGAUAGACUUCAGCAGGGUAUGCGUGGUGCUUUCGGUAAGCCCACCGGUCUCGCCGCCCGUGUCAAGAUUGGUCAGGUCCUGAUCUCGGUCCGCACCAAGGACAGCAACAAGGCCAUUGUCAUUGAGGCUCUCCGCCGCUGCAAGUUCAAGUUUGCCGGUCGCCAGAACAUUGUCAUCUCCAACAAGUGGGGCUUCACCAAGCUCACUCGUGAGCAGUAUGUUGCUGACCGCCAGGCUGGCAAGCUCCAGCCCGAUGGCUGCUACGUCAAGUACCUGUCCGAGAAGGGUCCCCUCUCCGAGUACUACAAGCGUGCUGCUCGACUUGCCCAGUAAGCGGUCGUUCCAUCGGCUGCACACAUGCAAGCUCAGGCUGCGUUGGGCUUCUGAGUAAUGGUCUUGUAAGAAAAAAGUAUAAAGCGGGAGGAGCUUUUGUCUGUGUGAUAAUACACAUCGCAUAGUUCCCAUUUUGUGA